AUGUCAAACUCAGGUACCGGGUCCGCGUCGCAGCCGGCGGAACCGGGUCCACCGAGAGAAGAAAGGCGAGAUUACCAGACAUUCAACGAUGCAACAAACGAAUUGUACAAUAGAUUAAGACAGCAAGAGAACUCCCAAUGCUGUCAGUACCAUCUAAUCAGCAUAUUCUUCAACGCGCUUGCAAUCUUGCAAGUAAUGAUCGGAGCAACCAUUACAGCUCUCGGGCCAUUUGGAGGGAGCCACUUGAUCGCGAUAACUGUGCUGGGGGCCGUGAAUACCGUCGUUGCUGGGUUCAUAGCGCUGCUUAAAGGUAGGGGCCUUCCUCAGCGACCCCGAAAAAAUAUGGUUGAACUCGGGAAGGUUCGAAAAUACAUUGAGGAACAGAAGACUUUGUUGCAAUAUGGAAACGGGGAACUGUCAAGAGACGAACUUAGGUCUCUAUUAGAAGACGUCAUCAAGAGAUAUAAUCUUGCUGAAGACACUAUUGAGAGGAAUCAGCCGGAUACCUAUGCGAAUGCUAUAGGAUCUGGCCGCAUAGAUGAGGAAACGGGGGGCUGA